AUGCGUAGGACUGUCUUUGCAUUCAUCCUUCUGGCUUUUAUAUCUCUUACUUCUUCAUCAACGCAGCAGCACGCGCCUAGUUGCAGCGACAAUGUGGCGACGCAGAAGUAUUUCGCGAAAACCCACGCUCAGCUCGCAGACUAUUUCAGAACCAUCGAGACGUAUUUUAUCUCAGUCCUGACCGUUGGCAACCAGAGGCUGAAUAAGGUCGACGAGAAUCUGGAAAAGGUUUUACAGCUUUUAAAUCAACUCAGAAGCAAUCAGGGGGUGAUUUCAACAGAAAAAGAGGCGCCAGGAGCAGGAGAACCCACGAACUUAGUCCUGACUGAUGAUCAGGAGAUUAUUAAGCCUCCGAAGUUGGUGUCCGUCGAGGAAGAUGCUGAAAUACCAGAUUACGAGUCACCACUUGGAAAUGAAACCAUGGAAGCACCAACAAACCAGACCGAGGAAGAAACCGAGCUUGUUCUGGAAGAAAAGCAAGUCAACCACAACUACUAUUUCAGCGAGGAAGUGAAUACCUGGUACGCUGCCGAAGAAUUCUGCGAAUCGCUGAAUCUGACCCUUGCCUCCAUCAAAAGCGAGGCGGAAAUCAGAUUACUCUGGGAUUUGCUCCCUCAUAAAGGUGAGUGCUACUGGACGGGAGGAAGUGAUUUCGGGCGUGUGCCCGGACAGUUCCAUUGGCGAGACCGAGACGGCAGUCCGGGAGAACGGGUUGAGCAGCGAUUCUGGGGAGUCGGUCAGCCGAGCAACUACGACAAACACUCGUCGACGUGCAUUGUUAUUUGCGGCAAGAAACUGUUCGAUUUCUCCUGCCUCGACUCGGUCAACUAUUUCAUCUGUAAAAAUAUCGACUGAAUAA